GAGACGGGCUAGUGUGUGACCCGGUUUCUAUCGGGAUAGACGUGUCCGGCGUGAAAUGCAGCUCGUCUCCGUGAAAGUUUCUCUUCUUCGUCUCCCGCUGCUGACGACCAUCGGAUCAUCAAAGCGGUUCACCAUUAUUGGACAUCAAAAUAUCCCACUGCUCCUGCUAAACGUCUAACAGCGGCCGAACAAUAUAAUAGCCGCCGAUUUUUAUUAUUAGAUAUUCCUCGCGCCAUUUUGGCGUUUUGAAUUUAUUCGUUUGGAAACGAAAUAGUCGGCCUGCAAAAACAACAACAACUCCUUGACAGAAACACGUCGACUGGUGUGCGGUGUGCGACAGGGGGGAUUUUUGACAAUUGCUGGGCCCGACUCUUACUAGCGAGCCGCCCUCUCUCGUUAACCGUUAAGUGUAUUUCAGUUAGUGUGCCAGUGCGGCAGUGUUGCGUGCCUCACCAAUCAUCAGCGUGUGCGCUGCUGUGUGAUGUAAUCCCGGGGUCCUUGAAAAAUACAAAAACCCAUUUUCUUGCGCCUUUCCUUUUGUAUCGUCUUCAAAAAGUUGUGUGUGCUCAUCAUGACCAACGGUUAUUCCUACCGCUGGCCCUUGCUGUCGUAGCCGUGAAGAGACUACACGGGGAAAGUGGCCGCAUUGAACGUGAAAGAAAAAGGCGAUAAAGAAAAGAGAAAGGAAGAAACGAAAGAGAAAACAAUUGUGUGUUUGUGGAAAGAAGAAUAAGAAGAAGAAGAAGGAAAUCAAACACAAAAAAAAAUCUCUCUCCCUUCGAAAUAUUCAUAGGCGAGCACGGAACGUUCAGGAAUCCAUCAAUCACGCUGGAUUAACAUUGGCUCCGUGUUCGGGAAAGCGGACUAUAGGCCUGUGCGUACGAUAACGUCAUCACUUUUUUUUCCCCAUUUUGCGGUGCAUAGUUUGCUGCGUAACAGACUUUUGUUGUUGUUGUUGUUGUUGUUUGGAUAUUUCGACGGUGGUUUUCUUUAGAAGCUGCUGCAAUAGCCAUUCGCGCGGUUGUGCAAGUUUCUGGUGCAUGCAGAACCGCUGGCCGUUCUGGUAAUUGACUGACAAAGUUCAUCAGCUGAGCCCAAGAAGUGUUGUCGUGCUCCUGCUGACGGCCAUUGCACGCUUUCACUGUUUACACAUCAGAAAUCGACCGAGCAGCAAAAAGGCUCACGGAAGGGCGCCCCAAGGAAACGGUUCCGCCCUUUGAAACAGCACGAACGGACAAAAAUUCCAGUGGGCUCCUUUCGAACUUUGGCUGGACGAGGUGUAAUUUGGGUUGGACCUUUUUUUCCCCUUUGCGUUAUUAUUAUUUUUUGGUGGGGCCGGGGCUUUGCAAAUAUUACGGGAAUGAUUGAAUCGCACGGAAAAUGCUGUUGGCCGCGUCAUUCACUCCUCAGCCGCUGCUCUGUCUCGCGUUCAACGUUGAACGUCGCCCCCGCUCGCUGAAUGUCUCGUUACGAUCGCCGUUGAGAGACAACGAGUCUGAGGCCAAUAAUAACGAAGAGGAAAUCACCGAAGAAGAAAAAGAAAAGUGGUGGGGUGCUACUGGCCACUAAAGAAUUUCUAAACAAAAACCAAAAGAAAAGAAAAGAAAGACAAGAAGAAUUCCAGUUUAUAUUUGAUCGUCACUGGCUAAAAAGACCAACGGCGUCAAAAGUCAAAUCCGACCCGACCAAACAACAUUUCACGAGAUUCCGUUUGCCUCUUUCGAUUCUUUUCAGACGCACAGCGUAAGAAUCUCUCGUAGAGGAAGCGAUCAUUCUAAAAACCAAAACAAGAGGAUCAAACGACAAACAAAAGAUAAACGAUUGUCGAAAAGGGGAGAGAGAGAGAGAGAAACCAGUUGAACGACAAGGAAAAAAAACAAAAAACCGAACCACCACUCUAAUAAAAAUUCCCUUUUUUCUUCUUCUUUUGUGAUUUGUUUUUCGUCUUUUAUUUGUCUCUCUCUCUCUCUCUCUAUUGCGCGCAAAUACUAUACCAUUACUACUCAGUGCUGUUUGUGUUGCGUGUGACGUUGGCCCCCUCCCCCCCAUCGCUCCAUCUCUCGUGUAUGAUUUUGUGUGUGUGUUUGUGCUGAGCUCCGUCCCGAGCGGUGGCCAUCAGGAAUUCCGUUCACGUUCAGUUUCUCUUUACGGACGCACGGACGGACUGUACACAUCGAGGCCGACCAGAAUCCGAAAAACACAGACUGAAAAAUAAUAAAAAAAUAACCACAGCCCAACAAGGGCCGGCGUGAAUUGAUCGAGUCUCAACGACCGUCCAAUAGCCGCAAACAUGUCCGUCGGCAGGAGAGAAGAUUUCCCACCGUCGUCACCCGAAUCUGUCGUCGGCCAGGUGAUAAAAACGGGAUUGACUUCGACCCGGUGCACAGCCCGAUGGCGUCCGUCUUGGUGGUGGCUGUCGUUGCUUUUCUUUGGUCUGCUGCUGAUCGGGCCGGCUGAGCCGGGGACGGGCAAAUCGAUGGUCAACCUGACUAUUGGUUAUUUGCCGACCAUCUUGGGCGAACACCGCGACAAGCAGGGUUUAUCAAUUUCGGGAGCCAUCACGUACGCUCUGCAGCAGAUUGAAGAAAAAAAGAUCUUGCCCGAAGGUGUCUCUUUGGUCCUCCAAUUUAACGACACCCGCUCCGACCUGCUCCUCACCACCAAGGCCCUCACCGAGAUGAUGUGCAAGGACGUUGUGGCCGUUUUCGGACCUGAAAACACCUGCAACGUCGAAGCGACUAUCUCGUCGGCCUGGAAUCGCAUGAUGAUCUCCCACAAAUGUGCAGAUCACACCGUCUCGGACAAGAAGAAAUUCCCGACGUUUAUCAGGACGUACCCGACCGAGACACAGGUGACGAAAUCGAUCGUGUCGCUGCUGCUGCACUACAACUGGAAGAAAUUUUCGAUCGUGGCCGAGAAUUCGCCGCGAUGGCAGACGGUGGCCGACUCGCUGGAGGCCCGGGUCACGGCCAACGUCGCCAUGAAACUUCAUCUCAAUCACCGGCUCAAGUUCGAGGACAUGAACCGCUGCUGUGCCAAUCGGGAGUCAUGCUGUCACAAUUCUUGGACGUUUGAUAUCCUUGAGAAGACUCGCUCGGGCACUCGAAUUUACGUGUUCCUGGGCGAGCCGCACAACCUCUACGACUUCAUGACGACAAUGCAAAUGAUGAGACUCUUCACCAAAGGAGAGUACAUGGUCAUUUCCGUCGACUGGGAAACUUACAGCCCCGACCGAGCCAGAGAAUACCUAUGGAAACAGCAAAUGGUGAGCGAAAUUCGAAAUUGCAGCGAACUCGAGUCACCUAGUCCGGAAGCGGCCAAGUCGCUCCUGAUGAUUGUCACUACCAAGCCCAACGAAGGAUUCACGAACUUCUCCGAGGAGGUCCGCAAAUACAAUAAAGCGCCUCCGUUUGGUUUCUCCGAGCCGGCUAUCUUCAAAACUUUCGUCAGGCACGUUCCCAUGUACGCUGCCCAUUUGUACGACGCUGUCCUCCUCUACGCCAGGGCGCUGGCCGCAACGCUUAGAGAGAAAAACUUGACCGAUCCUCUCAGCAUUACCGAAGCGGCCAAAGACGGCAAAUCCCUUUUCACGAAGAUUCAUAAUCGAACCUAUGAAAGCGUGACGGGUGCGUCAAUCAGGAUUGACGACAAUGGCGACUCUGAGGGCAACUACACGGUGCUGGCCGUCAAAUUCAACAACAUCUCGCGUGCCAUCAACGUCAACAAGAUGGGAGACAAGGACAAAUUUCACUGCCACUACGAGAUGAUGCCCGUUGGCCGGUUCGAUUACACCAACAACACGACGCCGAAAUUCACGUUGACGGACAAGAUUCUGUGGGUGGCGGGCGAACGUGCGCCGCUGGACGAGCCUCCGUGCGGCUACCGGAACGAGCGUUGCAGCGACUCUGACACGCGUCUGAGAGAUUCCCAGAUUGCCGCCGGAGUUCUCGGCUGCAUUUUCCUGGCGGCCGUCAUCACGACUCUCUUUGUCUAUCGCAAAUGGAAGGUUGAACAAGAGAUUGCCGGUCUUGUUUGGAAGAUCGAUCCCAAAGACAUCAUAUCAAUGUCAUCGCAGACUGCCGAUGGCUUCAUGGACAAAUCCACCAGCAAAUUGAGUUUGGCGAGCGUGGCGGUGGAUCAGGUUUUCACCAAAGUCGGUCGCUACCGCGGCACCAUCGUCCGCACCAAGGAGCUCUGCUUCUCCAAGCGCUACGACAUUGGACGUAAAACGAUGAAGGAAAUGCGUCUAAUGCGCGAAAUCCGUCACGACAACAUCAACCCGUUCAUCGGAGCUGCUGUCGAGCCGUGUCGCAUCCAGAUCGUCUCCGAAUACUGUCACAAAGGAUCUCUACCGGACAUUUUGGAGAACGACGACAUCAAGUUGGAGAAUAUCUUCAUAGCCUCGAUGGUCAACGACCUGAUCAAGGGUAUGACGCAUCUCCACAAAACGGAUCUACACUUCCACGGCAACCUCAAGUCAUCCAACUGCGUCGUCACGUCGCGCUGGGUCUUACAGAUUACCGACUACGGCCUUCACGAGCUCCGCGCUGCCGCCGAAAAGGAUUCCAUCGGAGAUCACGAACUCUACCGCAAUUUGUUAUGGAAGGCGCCGGAAUUGCUGAACGACCAGUCCAACUCGGUUCGUGGCACACCAAAGGCUGACGUCUACGCCUUCGGCAUGAUCCUCUACGAGAUUCUGACUCGGCAAGACGCUUUCACUGGCUACAAACUCGAGCCAAAAGACAUCGUCGACAAGAUUCGAACUGGCCCAGCUCCAGGAGAGAAACCCUUCCGUCCCGAUAUCCAGAUGCUCCAAGAUUAUUGCAUUUUCGUGCAACCCGACAUUGGAAUGGGCUGUCCGGAGUACAUUCGCUCUUGCAUGGAGGAUUGUUGGGCCGAGUCACCGGAGCAGCGCCCGGAUUUCCCCACCAUUCGCGAUCGUCUUCGUAAAAUGAGAGAGGGAAUGAAGCCGUUUAUUAUGGACCAGUUGAUGGAAAUGAUGGUGAUCUAUGCCGGCAAUCUCGAGCUCUUGGUCACCGAGCGGACCCAACUUCUCUACGAAGAGAAACAAAAGACCGAGGACCUCCUCCAUCGCAUGCUACCAAAACCCGUGGCUCAACGACUCACAAGAGGGUGGGGCGUCGAACCGGAAUCCUACGAAGCUGUCACCAUCUAUUUCAGUGACAUUGUUGGCUUCACCAAAAUGUCGGCCGAGAGUACUCCGUUCCAGGUGGUCAACUUCCUCAACGAUUUGUACACCUUGUUCGAUUCCAUCAUCCAGGGUUACGAUGUGUACAAGGUGGAAACCAUCGGAGAUGCCUACAUGGUGGUUUCUGGAUUGCCUUUACCCAACGGCGAUCUACACGCCGGCAUGAUUGCGUCAAUGGCGCUUGAUUUGCUAUCAGCAGUCAAGAAUCAUCGGGUGUCCCAUCGACCUAAAGAUCCAGUUUUACUCAGGAUCGGAAUUCACACAGGACCCGUGGUGGCCGGAGUAGUGGGUUUGACGAUGCCCAGAUAUUGUUUGUUUGGCGACACGGUCAACACGGCUUCGCGGAUGGAAUCGAACGGCGAGCCCCUGAGGAUUCACAUCAGUUGCGAGUGUCGAAAGGCGUUGGAAAAAAUCGGCGGUUACGUGACGGAAGAACGAGGACUGGUCGCCAUGAAAGGCAAAGGCGAAGUGUUGACACACUGGCUGAUUGGCGUCACAAGUGGAGCUGUUACAGCACGAGCGGACGUUGGACCCGAUCAAGCGCCACUCUUUUGUCGCCCGUCUGGUGCCAUUGGAGCAGCGAGUUCCAACGCCAACGGCAGUGCCGGCAACAUGUCGGAUCUUCGCCGGAGGAGUCCUCGAAUGCUUCACAGGGCGGAAUCGAUGCUGACGAGGAGAGUGUCGUCCGAUUCGAGGCCCGUCGGCAGCGGGAGCAUUCGAAUGAGCUCGUCGCUGGCUGCGCAACAAGGACGGACACAAGGCCAGCCCAACAGGAUGUAUCACCACGAUAAUUCGGCCGAAUUGUUGGAGGGUUCCAAUAGCGACUCGAUAUGCAGCAGCACCAUCAGCACCAAUCAACCUCCAACUCCGAAACUUUUCGACAGGAAAACGAGCCAAUCGGCUCGGUCUCUGCGUUCAGUUCGAACAACCAAGUCAAAUGCAAGUCUACGGCGUAGUUGCCUAUUAACGCGCAGCGCACAUGCCAGCCAAGUUCAAAUCGUUGCCGAGGGAGCGAGCGAGAGCGGUGAUGUGGAUUAUCGGAGCGGAACAACAGCCAGUCCGCUGUUACCUCAAAGGCGAUGCCAGUCACUCGGUCGAUUUCCCGAAGACGAAGAUGAACAACAACAACACCACCACCACCACCAGCAUCAGGAGCAGCAGCAGCAGCAGCAGCAGAGAGCGGGCGGUUUGAGUUCGGUCAGUCAUGGUCCCCGGCAGUUUCUCUGCGUUCCUCAAGUCUUCCCUUCUCGAAACAAGUCGAAUCAGCGUCGCAGGAAAGAAUCCAAAUCCCUUGAUCUUUUCCCGUCUGAAUUGAGGUCGACUUUGAUAGACCGGUCGCCGCUGCCCAGUUGCGCGUCGCAGGAUGACACUGAAAACGAACAUUCGCGACUUCUCAGCGGCUGUGACGAUCACAACGUCGUCUUGACAAUCCCGAACGGGGAUCAACCGGAGCAAGCCGAAUUGUCACGACCCAACGGACAUAUCAAGACUUCGGGCUACCAGGCCGUCAGGUUACUCCAAAACGACGACGAAGGGAUUGACGUCAAUUCCGAGACUCUGCUCAGUCGCGAUCGCACUCGGCAUCGGCCCAGUCUCACAGCCUGUGGAUUGAUGGAGUCUGAAAAGAGAUACUCUUGUGAACAACUGGAACAUUCGACAUCGGGCGAGAGACUCGGUAAAGAAGGCAAAGACACGGUCAUCGCCCCCACUGUCAGCAAGAGCGUGCCCAACGUCAAGCGGUGGAUAGUCAAUCUGUUCGGCGUGGGUCACGGAGGUGAUGCUUUUAGUCGGAAUCCGCAGACGGGAGAGGACUUUUCCGACCUCCACCGUGAUGACAGAGAAAGCGUUGUGUGAAUUGGCGCCUCCUUAUUCUUGCAUCCUCCACAGUCUUUUAACAUGAUGACAAAUUGCUUUACUUGUUUCGUGAUUCGUAUAUUUCGCCAUUUGAAAAUGCCAUACCCGAUCUCCGAUUCUUCUCGGUUAAGAUUUUUAAUCGAUUUCAAGUCGGAAUGUUUUCUUUGAUUUUAGUGUAUCUGUAAUAUUGUCGCUGCUGAAAAUAUUGUGAUAAAUCGGUUGUUGUUUUA